UCGGCAUGCCGCCUUCCAGGUCUGCUUCCCACGGGGAAGACAAGGGCUCUUCGAUGAGUGAGCAAGAACGAAAACGACUGCGCAACCGUCUAUCACAGCAGGCCUUCCGUCGCAGACAAGCGGAGCGCAUGAGAGAGUUGAGUAGCAGAGUAAACACCGACCAGAAGUCCGACAAUUUGAGAAUCGAAGAGCUUCAGCGCGAGAAUAGGCAGCUGCGGGCGCAGCUCGUCGAUGUUCAGGCCAGGUUGUCGCGACUGCUGGCCAAUAUGCAGGGGUUGAGUGACUCUGUAUCCAAGACCUUGAAUGAUACAGGUUCUCAAGGGGAUGUAGGGGUCGAAGAGACGGAAGACUCGUCGUUACAGCUUUCAACAUACAACCACAAGCAGGCUUAUGGAGGGUCCGCUUUUCCAGGGCCAUCUAUGCAGCUGGCACCUUUUGACACAUCAUCGCUAAACUUUGAUCCGCCGCUGGCCCAUCAAUCUGAAUCAGGCCAGGCUGAAGAUGAAUUCCUAACAUCGGAACUCAUCAACGUCGCCGGAACUAGCCCCUUCUAUGCACAGAUCCCGAAUAUCUGGAGCUUCGAGUACCAAACUGGGAUAGAGCCAUAUUUGACUGCCAUGGCUGCAACUCAAAAGUCUAGCAUGGCGCUGAGAAAGGACAUGCCCGUAUCAAAUUCGCCGUUUUCAGACCACAUCAAGCUCCUUCAGCAUCUUUUGAAAAGCAAGCUGGCGGCAAAUGGGUUCAUUCCGGCCAGCCAACCAUCGAUGCAAAGCAUAUAUCAACCAGUUCUCAUGGUCCUGUCCAUGUUCAACAGCAUGACGCGACCCGAUGUCAUGGCAUGGUACGCCAAAACGCGCUUCUUCCACAUCAUCGAGCUCACAGCCUGGCAACUCUACCCCUCGCCCGCGACAUUCCAAAAAUUACACCAGCGAUAUCGGCCAACCGAUACGCAACUGAAGCAUCCGCACCCGCGCGUGAUAGACUGGAUACCCUUCCCCUUGAUCCGGGAUAGAUUGAUAGAGCUCCACGCCGCCAACCCCCUUAUCGACCAAAUCUUCUGUGACGCCGUCACGGGAUACGUGGUGGAAGCCGUCAUGUCUGAGCUGAUAAGCGACGCACCACAUAUUAUGGUUUACGUCCGGGUGACGGACCUUAUCGCAGCCAUGUCAUCCGGUGCCGGCAACAACUCCGAGGAUCCCCCCGCCAGUCUUCCCGCCCCGGAUAUCACCACUCUCUUCUCGUCUCCGUCCCAUGCUCGUGCCGCGUUCAAGCAGUUGAACAUGGAUAAAGGUGCAUCGUACUACAAGAUCGACCCAGCCUUUUACGCGAAGUAUCCAGAACUAUACGACCAGUCAAACGACCUCACGGCCAACGGGGUACCGCUCAAGCCAAGAUCGCAAAAGGUUCUCACGUACCCCAAACCCCUCGACGACUCUAUGGUCGAGACCUACCGGAGUUUCAUAGACUUCUCCAUGGAUGCCACCAGCACGAUCUCCUCGACUACGGCCCCUGACUCAUUCUAUUUUCCAAUUGUUAUUCGUCUCAUCGCCUACGUAAAGCCAGAUAUGCCUUCACAAUUUCCCGAUCCCACGACCACUCCCCGCUACAGCUUCCUGGACGAUUACAGCGAAGGAGCUCAUCCGGCACUUCUCAAAGCCAUACUCGCCGGCAACACAUCUCAAGAGGCCGGAUACGGCGGUGACUCAUACUGCGACCUUGCCAGGCAACGGAUACGUCGGCACCUAGGUCGCGAUGAUGUUGGAAUCUUCUUCGUCCCUAGCGGGACAUCAGCCAACGCCAUCUCCAUCGCGGCAUGUCUAAGACCCCACGAAGCUGCAAUUGCCGCGAGCUCGGGACAUAUUGUCACAAGAGAGACUGGCGCUGUGGAGGCCAGCGGGCAUAAGAUCAUCAACGUUGCGCCUGUCAAUGGCAAGUUGACGCCCCAGAGCAUCCAACGCGCGGUGGAUGAGAACUGGCACUUCCCUCACAUGGCGAAGCCGAGGCUGGUGUAUAUCUCUAAUGCGACGGAGAUUGGGACGAUAUACAAGAGAGACGAACUUGCUGCAAUCAAGCAGGUGUGCGAACAGAAUCAACUCAUACUCUUCCUCGACGGCGCCCGCAUCGGAACAGCAUUGGCGUCAAAGUCAAACGACAUGACGCUCCAAGAUAUCCUAGAGCUGACAGACAUCUUCUGGAUCGGAGGAACAAAGAACGGAGCGUUGCUCGGAGAAGCUGUGGUCGUAAAGGAUGCGCGUCUAGCGACCGAGUUCGAGUUCUACGUCAAGCAGCACGGCUCACUGCUAGCCAAGAGCAGAAUCAUGGGCACGCAGUUUGCCGAACUAUUCAGAGAGGAUCUCUACUUUGAUCUCGCACGGUUAGCCAAUUACUGCGCCGAGACAUUGUCGAGUGGUAUCGCGACGGCCGGGUUCUCGGUUCACGCCGUGACGGAGACAAACCAGGUGUUUGCGGUGCUCCCAAUGAGCUUGAUCAAGGUUCUGCAGGAUCACUUCAUCUUUUAUGUAUGGGAGAAGCGUGGGGACGAUGAGGCUGUGGUGAGGUUACUCACGACGUGGGCGACGGAAGCAACAGAGGUUGAGAAGUUUGUUGGUCUGGUUCAGGGCUGGUCCGCUGGAGCUGCCGAAAGUUGA